UUGCAAUGAGGAAGUGGAGACGGAGGAGAGGGUUGCCAGAUACCUCAGUCCCCUCAUGGCGGAAGUGGAUCCGGUUACAAACAGGUCAGCCGAGGCGAGCGUCCGUUCCUUCCACCCCUCCUUGGCCAUCGAGUUCCUGACGCAGCAGGAGCGGAGAGGCAAGAGGUGCCGGAACACCCCUGGCGUUUUCUCCGUCAGGCACCGGAAUGGCGUGUGGCAGGAGGCGGACGUCGGUGGCACGAUUUUCCUGGCGUUUGGAGCUUACUAUGAUGAUCGCGAUGUUGAGGAAGGACCCUUGGUACGCGUGCUGGUGAUGGUGGAGAGCACGAAGCCGCCCACGCCCACCUGUCACCUGUGGUUCAAAGGUGACGUCGCGCCCACGGCCACCAGAGCCAUCCGCAUGGAUUACGUCCACUGGCAAGAGCGAUUCUCGGACUUCUGGUUACCCUACAUCGUGACCUGCCGGGCGGGAAGGGAUCUCCGGGGCGUGCCUCAGGUUGCCUCUCUCGUGCCUCAUGCGUGUGCUCAGUCCACCAACGCUCUGAGGGUCUUGCAUCACGACGGGUCCAAGCCUAAGCGAGGUCUGGCACUGUGUCACAAGUUCAUCUUCAACCCUGCCAGGGAUAUAUCGCAAAGACUCGCCGAAUGGAUCGAGGCAUCGCGGGCGUGGGGCGUCGACCACAUCACGACCUAUGAAGCCGCUUCUCACCCUAACGUCGCCAAGGUCCUGCGCCAUUACGAGAAGGACGGGUUUCUCAGCGUCAUACCGUGGCAGAACCCGGGAUCGCAGCCCAACGUGCCCCAUCUAUACAGGCUGUUCUACGACACACAGCGCUACGGCCUCUUCACGACGGAGAACAUCCCCUACACGGACUGCCUGCUGCGCCACCUCGCCUCGCACCGCGUGGGCGUGUGGGACGUAGACGAGUUUUCCUUGGCCGGCGCCCCCUUCGUCUCGAUUCCGGACAUGAUCGACGCAGCCAAGAGAACGGCCCUCUCCAUCGGCGUCAAGCCCCCGACCUCCUACCUGGCCCGCUGCAGCUACUUCUUCGACAACCUGACGGAACCCGCGACCCCGGAUCUGCCGGGCUACCUCCACCUCCUCCGACACGUGACCCGCACCGUGAAGUUCUCCCCGCCGAGGGUCUUCACCAAGGCUGUCCACGACACGUCCUACGCCCUGGGCCUCCACGCGCACUUCGCUCUCCUGAAUCUCGAAGGGGAAGUGGACCGGGAUCACGACCUGUACCACUUGUACCCUGCCAACGAGGGGUAUCUAGGGCACUACAGACCAGCGUGCCAAGGGGAGAGCCAAGAGGAGUGCAAUGUCCUCUUCCGGCCAUACACCACACGGGAUACAGCCAUGUGGAAGUACAGGGAACAGAUCGCGGGCAACACCAAGAGGGUUUUGUCCCAUUUAGGCAUUGUUCCUCCGUGAACAUUCAACGCGGUGAAUGUGGUAUCAUCUUUGUUUUUAUUCAGGUGCAUUUUAUAAUCAACGUUUCUCAUGUUCACCUCAUAAAAUCGACAUACGAUACUCUACAUAAAUG